CAGUUGGACUGCUGGGAGUCGACGGCGGUGAUGGCGCCGCCGCGGUGGAAGUCCGGCGACGGGCGCCGCCGCCGGCUCCUGCUGCUCCUGUGCUGCUGCCUCCUCGCCUUCCCCUGCCACGCUCAACAAAUCACCAACACCAACACCAACAUCUCACACCGCUCCGAUCAAGGUGGCAUCCACUCGUUCGUGGGCACGUACGGGAUCAACUACGGCCGCAUCGCCGACAACCUGCCGCCGCCGGAGGUGGUGGCGCGGCUGCUGAAGCUGGCCAAGAUCCGCAACGUGAAGAUCUACGACGCGGAGCACAAGGUGCUGGACGCGUUCCGUGGCACGGGGCUCAACCUGGUGGUGGCCAUCCCCAACGAGUUCCUCAAGGACAUGGCGGCCAACCCGGCCAAGGCCAUGGACUGGCUGAACGAGAACGUGCAGCCGUACUACCCGUCCACGCGCAUCGUCGGCAUCACGGUCGGCAACGAGGUGCUGGGCGGCGCGGACACGGGGCUCGCCGAGGCGCUCGUCGGCGCCGUGCUCAACGUGCACGACGCGCUCAGGAUGCUCCGUCUGGACGCCAAGAUCGAGCUCUCCACGCCGCACUCGGAGGCCGUCUUCGCCAACUCGUACCCGCCGUCCGCCUGCGUCUUCAAAGACGACCUCAUGGUGUACCUCCGCCCGCUGCUCGACUUCUUCUCCAAGACCGGCGCGCCCUUCUACGUCAACGCCUACCCGUUCCUCGCCUACAUGAGCGACCCGUCGCACAUCGACAUCAACUACGCGCUCUUCAAGCCCAACGCCGGCAUCGUCGACCCCAAGACCGGCCUGCACUACGACAACAUGUUCGACGCGCAGCUCGACGCCGCCUACUUCGCGCUGGAGGCCGCGGGGUACUCGGGCAUGGAGGUGCGCGUGGCCGAGACCGGGUGGGCGUCCGCCGGCGACGCCACCGAGGCCGGCGCCAACAUGGAGAACGCCGUCACCUACGACCGCAACCUCAGGAAGCGCCUCUUCCUGCGCAAGGGGACGCCCUACAGGCCCGACCGGGUGGCCAAGGCCUACAUCUUCGCGCUCUUCAACGAGGACCUCAAGCCGGGGCCCACCUCCGAGCGACACUACGGCCUCUUCAAGCCCGACGGCAGCGUCUCCAUUAACAUCGGCCUCAAGGGGCUCCUGCCGUCGUCGGCGCCGCCGCAUCCUCUCCUGCCCUUCAAGAGAGUUGGAGCGUGGGGGUGGAUUGUACAGUACUCGGCUGCGCUUCUUCCAUGCACAUUGUUUUUUCUAGCAUUAGGGACAUGACCGCAGAUUAGCACCUACAUGCCUGCUUACUGUAUAGUGUGGUAGAUCCAUGCUUCUUGCACUGGAUGCUAGUUCAUGGCGCUUAUGAAGAGCUGCUCCAGGACAGGUGCAUGCAGUUUACUAACGCAAUUCUCUUUAUAGAAAAUCGCACUAUUGCGAAAUUCAAUGGAUGAUUCGGAGAUGGUUCAGAAUUUUA